AUGGCGUCCGACCUGACAGCCCCGAUCCUGGACGCUCUAUCCGCCUCCGAUACCCCUAUCCUCUCUAGCGAAGCCUUCCCCUCCGACCCCUCAUUGAAGGUCAAAAGUGCGCUGGACCGCCUGGCCACCCGGCAGAUGGUCGAAUAUGAGACUAUCGACAAGGAGAUCAUCGAACUUACCCCCGAGGGUGAAGAAAUUGCGACCAAUGGCAGUCACGAGGCCAAGGUUUUCGACGCCGUCGUCAAGGCCCUGGAUGGUCUGAAGAUUGCCGACUUGCCCGCCAUUGUGGGGAAGGAUAACGCCAAGGUUGGCCAGGGCAAUGCCUUCAAGCAAGGCUGGAUCAAGAAGGACAAGGACUUGCUGCGGGCAACCCGCGAGUCGAUCGUCGAUCUGACCCGCGAAACCCUGCUCACCGUGCAGCGGACAAACACCCUGGAGGAUACCAAAGCCAUUGCGGACCUGAAGCGGAGGAAAUUGAUUACCCUGUCCAAGGCUAUCACCUUCAAGAUCACCAAGGGCCCCAAGUAUGCCCGCGAGUUCGUCAAGGAGGAGACCGAUCUUACCUUCGACAUGCUUUCCAAUGGAGCGUGGAAAGAUAUCGAAUUCAAAGCCUAUAACUUUAGUGCCAAGGGUGCCCUAACGCCCUCCGGUGCCCUGCACCCACUGAGCAAGGUGCGCGCGGAGUUCCGCAACAUUUUCUUUGAGAUGGGUUUCGAGGAGAUGCCCACCAACCGCUUCGUUGAGACUGGUUUCUGGAACUUCGAUGCUCUUUUCGUGCCCCAGCAACACCCUGCCCGUGAUCUCCAGGACACCUUCUACAUCGCUGAUCCCCUUACCGCCGAUGGACCUCGCGAGGACCCCGCCAACGACCCCCACUGCCCCAAGAAUACCCAAGAUAAGCCGCUCGACUACAAGAAAUACUGGGACAACGUGCACGAUGUCCACGAGAAGGGCAAGUUUGGUUCAAUUGGUUACCGUUACCCGUGGAGCGCGGACGAGUCCCUGCGUCUUGUCCUCCGUACGCACACCACCUCCAUUUCGGCGUACAUGCUGCACAAGCUCGCUGCCAACCCGCGGCCGGCCCGCUUCUUCAGUAUCGACCGUGUCUUCCGAAACGAGGCCGUCGAUGCUACUCACUUGGCAGAGUUCCACCAAAUUGAGGGUGUGAUUGCUGACUUCGGUCUCACUUUGGGUGGUCUGAUUGGAUUUAUGGAGGUUUUCUUCGCCAAGAUGAACAUCCACCAGCUUCGUUUCAAGCCUGCUUACAACCCCUACACCGAGCCUAGUAUGGAGAUCUUCGGCUACCACGAAGGUCUGGGUAAGUGGGUGGAGAUCGGUAACAGUGGUAUGUUCCGACCUGAGAUGCUGGAGUCGAUGGGCAUCCCCAAGGGUAUGCAGGUCUACGGUUGGGGUCUGAGUCUGGAGCGUCCUACUAUGAUCAAGUAUGGUGUCAGCAACAUCCGCGAGCUGCUUGGUCACAAGGUCGACUUGAACUUCAUCGAGUCUAACCCGGCUGUGCGCCUGGAGAAAUAA